AUGGGACUUGACAAAAUAAAAAUAAAGGUCAUCGAGGAUAAAGUAAAAUACACAGUUUUCAAUGAUCCUGUUCAUGGCACUAUUUCUCUUCAUCCAUUUCUGGUUAAAAUAAUUAAUACACCACAGUUUCAAAGGCUCAGAAAUAUUAAACAACUUCAAGGAGCUUACUUCGUUUACCCAGGUGCUUGUCAUAACAGAUUUGAGCACAGCAUUGGAACAGCGCAUUUGGCAGGAAAACUUGUCCGCCAGUUAAAGGAAAAUCAGCCCAACCUUGGAAUUGAUAAAAAAGAUAUUCUUUGUGUGGAAAUCGCGGGUCUUUGUCAUGAUCUUGGCCACGGUCCAUUUUCCCAUUUGUUUGAUACAGAUUUUUACACCGCAGUGAGUGCAGAAAAAAUUCCGCAUGAAAAGAUCUCAAAUGAUCACCGGGAAAAAGAUGAAAAUAAUCCAGGACGACCUGGAAAAGAGUUUCUGUAUGAAAUUAUUUCCAAUGAGCGAAAUAAAGUUGACGUGGACAAGUGGGAUUAUUUUGCUAGAGAUUGCUAUCAACUUGGAAUGCAGAAUGGCUUCGAUCACAAUCGUUUUAUGCAAUUUAUGAGAGUAAUAAAGGUAGACGGAAAUUGGCAAUUGUGUGUUCACAAGAAAGAAUGCUUCAAUUUAUACCAAAUGUUUCACACGAGGUAUUGCCUCCAUCGUAGGGCUUAUCAACACCCCGUUGUUAAUGCCGUUGAGGAAAUGUUCACCGAGGCUUUGGUUCAUGCUAAUGAACACGCUAUCGAUGGUAUUAAAUUGUCAGAAUGUGCAAAAAAUUUGAGUGUCUUCAUGAAGCUUGAUGAUGGUAUUUUUCAUACAAUUUUGAAUUCUACAAAGAAGGAACUGGAAAAGUCAAGAGAAAUACUUGAAAGAAUAUUGAGAAGAGAAAUUUAUCAGACAGUGGCAAACGAGAAGAUGAAGGAUCACCAACAAAAGUACACGGAAGAAUUUAUAAAAGAAGAGAUUGGUUCCCAACAAAAUCUUAAGGAACAUUUGAUUGUAAAAAUAGUGAAGCUAAACUACGGAAUGAAAGAAGGGGGAAAUCCCAUUGAUUUAUACAAUUUUUAUUCUAAAAACAGCCCGGAUGUUGCUUCACCAAUUCCAAAAGACGAAAUUUCCAGCAUGCUACCACCUGUAUUCGAAGAAUUUCGGUUGCAAAUAUUCUGUAAAAAUCCAGAAAAGUUUAAGGACGCUAUGGAAGCAUUUGAAUCUUGGUGGAAAAAAGAAAUGCAGGAAGCACUCAAGAGAAAGUCAUAUGACAAACCAGGUACUAGUAAGAGAACCUGUGAAGAAGAAACAAUUUCAGCACACAAUUGA